GAAAGUAAAGAUUAAUUAAUUAAUUAAGUUCACGCGCUUUCUGAAGAUCGAAUAUUUAAGUCUGAGUUUAGAUCUCUCUCUCUCUUCCAUCAUCGAAUCAAAAAAGGGAAAAUGGCAAUUACCGAUGAUGGCAGCAUCAACAACGACCUACAGGAAUCGAGCCCUCUUCUGAGCAAACAAGGCGGUGUUGAAGAAGAUGAGAAGAAGAAACUAAAUGUUAACAAAUCAAAGGAGGCGACCGCCGGUGUGGCAGAAGUUGGUGGGUUUGGGUGGACCGCCGAUGGGCUGCCUUUGGUUCGCGGGAGUGUUGUCGGAGAACCAAUGGGCCGCUCCCAGUGGGAUUCCUCCCUCCUUGCUUGUCUUGGCCGUAACGAUGAGUUUUGCAGCAGUGACAUUGAAGUUUGUCUACUCGGAAGCGUGGCCCCUUGUGUGCUGUAUGGAAGCAAUGUUGAACGACUUGGAUCUGCACCGGGUACGUUUGCAAAUCAUUGCUUGCCUUACUCUGGUCUUUACUUGAUUGGGAGUUCCUUUUUUGGCUGGAAUUGUCUUGCUCCAUGGUUUUCAUACCCUACCCGAACUGCAAUUCGUCGCAAGUUUAAUCUUGAGGGUACCUGUGAGGCACUUAACAGGUCAUGUGGAUGCUGUGGAAGCUGUGUGGAAGACGAGGUGCAACGUGAACACUGUGAGUCGACCUGUGAUUUUGCAACGCAUGUUCUCUGCCAUGCAUGUGCUCUUUGCCAGGAAGGCCGCGAGCUUCGUCGAAGGUUGCCUCACCCGGGGCACAAUGCUCAGCCUGUGCUGGUCAUGAUCCCUCCCGGUGAACAGACCAUGGGCCGUGGUGCCUGAGUGCUUACCGCCCAUGUCCUGCUUUAUAUAGCGAAAGAAUUCGAAUAGCUUAUCGGUGUAUCGUCCAUGUUUUUAUCAGUGUGGUAUCAUACAGUGGAAUAAUGUUAAAAAAGUUAUCUACAUUGUCUAAACUCUAAGGUACUACCAUUAAAGAAUGAUUGCUAGUUGUGA